ACACACUUUAGAUAAGGACAAUUAGUCACCAGCGAGACCCAGUAGGGAGAGAGGUUUAAAUCAGAGGGAUUUAAUGAGGGUGCUCUGUGCCUUCCCUGAAGACAUGCCCUCCAGCAACUCCCGCCCCCCCUCGUGCCUAGCCCCGGUGGCUCUCUACUUGGCUCUGUUGCUCCAUCUCUCUCUUUCCUCCCAAGCUGGAGACAGGAGACCCUUGCCUGUAGACAGAGCUCCAGGUUUGAAGGAAAAGACCCUGAUUCUUCUUGAUGUGAGCACCAAGAACCCAGUCAGGACAGUCAAUGAAAACUUCCUCUCUCUCCAGCUGGAUCCCUCCAUCAUUCAUGAUGGCUGGCUCGAUUUCUUAAGCUCCAAGCGUCUGGUGACCCUGGCCCGGGGACUUUCACCCGCCUUUCUGCGCUUCGGGGGCAAACGGACGGACUUCCUGCACUUCCAGAACCUGAGGAACCCGGCGAAAAGCCGCGGGGGCCCGGGCCCGGAUUACUAUCUCAAAAACUAUGAGGAUGACAUUGUUCGAAGUGAUGUUGCUUUGGAUAAACAGAAAGGCUGCAAAAUUGCUCAGCACCCUGAUAUUAUGCUGGAGCUUCAAAGAGAGAAGGCAGCUCAGAUGCAUCUGGUUCUUCUAAAGGAGCAAUUCUCCAAUACUUACAGUAAUCUCAUAUUAACAGCCAGGUCUCUAGACAAACUUUAUAACUUUGCUGAUUGCUCUGGACUCCACCUGAUAUUUGCUCUAAAUGCACUGCGUCGUAAUCCCAAUAACUCCUGGAACAGUUCUAGUGCCCUGAGUCUGUUGAAGUACAGCGCCAGCAAAAAGUACAACAUUUCUUGGGAACUGGGUAAUGAGCCAAAUAACUAUCGGACUAUGCAUGGCCGGGCUGUGAAUGGCAGCCAGUUGGGAAAAGAUUACAUCCAGCUGAAGAGCCUCUUGCAACCCAUCCGGAUUUACUCCAGAGCCAGCUUAUAUGGCCCUAAUAUUGGGCGUCCAAGGAAGAAUGUCAUUGCUCUCCUAGAUGGAUUCAUGAAAGUGGCAGGAAGCACGGUGGAUGCAGUUACCUGGCAACAUUGCUACAUUGAUGGCCGGGUGGUCAAGGUGAUGGACUUCCUGAAAACUCGCCUGUUAGACACACUCUCUGACCAGAUUAGGAAAAUUCAGAAAGUGGUUAAUACAUACACUCCAGGAAAGAAGAUUUGGCUUGAAGGUGUGGUGACUACCUCAGCUGGAGGCACAAACAAUCUAUCAGACUCCUAUGCCGCAGGAUUCUUAUGGCUCAACACUUUAGGAAUGCUGGCCAAUCAGGGCAUUGAUGUUGUGAUACGACACUCAUUUUUUGAUCAUGGAUACAAUCAUCUGGUGGACCAGAAUUUUAACCCACUACCAGACUACUGGCUCUCUCUCCUUUACAAGCGCCUGAUCGGCCCCAAAGUUUUGGCUGUGCAUGUGGCUGGGCUCCAGCGGAAGCCAAGGCCAGGCCGAGUGAUCCGGGACAAACUAAGGAUUUAUGCUCACUGCACAAACCACCACAACCACAACUAUGUCCGUGGCUCCAUUACACUGUUUAUUAUCAACCUGCAUCGAUCAAGAAAGAAAAUCAAACUGGCUGGAACUCUCAGGGACAAGCUCGUGCACCAGUAUCUGCUGCAGCCCUAUGGGCAGGAGGGCCUGAAGUCCAAGUCAGUGCAGCUGAAUGGCCAGCCCUUAGUGAUGGUGGACGACGGGACCCUCCCAGAAUUGAAACCCCGCCCCCUGCGGGCCGGCCGGACAUUGGUCAUCCCUCCAGUCACCAUGGGCUUUUAUGUGGUCAAGAACGUCAACGCUUUGGCCUGCCGCUACCGAUAAACCACCCCCACUCAGGAGCUGCCGGGGGGCCUGCUGGGCUGCUUUCUCCCUUCCACCCUAGUAUCUGCCUCUGCUGCCCCAUCCUGCUGGAAUCAACAUAGAUUUUUCUCUCCAAAGAGACUAAAUGUCAUAGUUUGAGCUUAGCCUAGGUAGGUUGCAUCCAUCCCUAAUGACAUCCUCUGUACCCAUGUAAGAACAAAGGUAUGUGUCUAGAGCUGUAUGUUUUCAUUUACACGCACCAUGAAAGCAGGCUGACUCCCCACUUCCAGGACAAAUGUUUCCAAACAACUCCCCAUGAUUCUGGUCACACUACAGCAUAACUACAAACCCCCAAGCUGAGCCUAUGGCUACUGCCCGCAGCAGAAGAUGAGGAAGGAAAAUACUGGGAGGACCUCCAAGAACCCAUUCCUCUUCUAACCCCUUCUCUCUUGUCUGUUUCCUGCUGCUGCCCUGGGUUUCCUGAUACCUCUCUUCCUGUAGGAGAGCAAAUGGUGAGUCAGCUCUGGCCUGCUGGGUGAGCUGUUUAUGUAAUUUCCUGGCUGAUGUAUGAGUGUGUGCAUCUGGGUUUCUGACAGUGGCAUCCAUCACUGGCCAUUCCUCCGGGAAGCGGGUGCUUCAAAAGUAGAAUUAUAAUCAUACUCCAGAUUCUGUAAGAAGGUUCUUUCUAUUCCUUUGUGAAUCCAGAUUCCCCCAGGCUUGGAACGGGAGUCAGGUAACAAUAUUCAUUGAGUAGAGAGCAAUGUAUCAGGCACCACAAAAAGCAAUCAUCAUCCUUCAUGUUGCCAGGAGGAGAGAGUUGUAGUGCAAAGGAGAAAGCACGAAGAGACAUCACACAUACCCUGGCUAAGCAAAGCCAAUCAGACCUGCCCCCAAACUGAAGACCAGCAGGGCCUGAGAGGGUAAGCCCUUAGUUGUUUGGUUAACCAAAAACCGUUCAGAAGGUGUGAAUCAAAGCUUAGCACUGUAAAUCACGAUGAGAUAUGGCCUUUCUGCCUCUUGCCACGUAG